AUGGCGCUCGACGAGUACUACCGCAACAAGAUCGAGGCGAUGAAGCUAGAGAUCCUCAAGGGUCAAGCUGCUCUCCGCCGUCUCGAGGCCCAACGCAAUGACUACAAUUCCCGUGUGCGGUUACUGAGAGAAGAGCUGGGCCUGCUACAACAGCCCGGAUCCUACGUUGGAGAGGUCGUCAAGGUGAUGAGCACCAAGAAGGUUCUCGUUAAAGUACAUCCUGAAGGCAAAUAUGUCGUCGAUGUCUCCGAUAAUGUCGAAAUCGCCAAGCUUACCCCCGGAAAGAGAGUCACACUGCUGUCAGACAGCUACAAAUUGGAGAAGAUGCUGCCGUCAUCGGUCGAUCCCCUAGUAUCGCUCAUGAUGGUAGAAAAGGUCCCCGACAGCACAUACGACAUGAUUGGUGGAUUGGAUCAGCAGAUCAAAGAGAUCAAAGAGGUUAUAGAGCUGGGUUUGAAGCACCCGGAGCUGUUCGAGUCUCUGGGCAUUGCUCAGCCCAAGGGUGUCCUGCUGUACGGACCCCCAGGUACAGGAAAGACUCUGCUGGCCAGAGCUGUAGCCCACCACACAGCUUGCAAGUUUAUCAGAGUCUCUGGUUCAGAAUUGGUGCAGAAAUACAUUGGUGAGGGUAGCCGAAUGGUCCGAGAGCUCUUCAUCAUGGCCCGAGAGCAUGCCCCCUCAAUCAUCUUCAUGGACGAAAUCGACAGCAUUGGUUCCUCUCGAGUGGAGGGCUCAUCGGGUGGUGACUCCGAAGUCCAGCGAACCAUGUUGGAGCUGCUCAAUCAGCUGGAUGGCUUCGAACCAACCAAGAACAUCAAGGUCAUUAUGGCCACGAACCGUCUCGACAUUCUCGACCCCGCUCUGCUGCGACCCGGCCGUAUCGACCGCAAGAUUGAAUUCCCCCCGCCUAGCAUCGAGGCACGAGCCGACAUUCUCCGAAUCCACAGCCGAAAGAUGAACUUGACCAGAGGCAUCAACCUCACCAAGAUUGCAGAGAAGAUGAAUGGCUGCUCUGGAGCCGAGCUGAAGGGUGUGUGCACAGAAGCGGGCAUGUACGCCCUCCGUGAGAGGAGAGUGCACGUCACACAGGAGGACUUUGAGCUGGCGACGGCCAAGAUUCUCAACAAGCAUGAUGAUAAGGAGGUUUCCCUGGGCAAGCUAUGGAAGUAA